AUGAAGGCCUCCCCAUGGGCCCUGACGGCCGCCGCCGUCGCCGCCGUCGCGUCUCCCCUCGCGGCCCUCCAACCCCGAACCACCGCCCUGGAGGCCCUCACCGACCGCUACCUCUUUGAACUCACCCUCCCCGAAUUCAUGGCCGAGCGAGAAGCCCGCAACCCCGAGUCUGUGAACUGGAACUCUGACGGCUGCACCGACUCGCCCGACAACCCGUUCCACUUUCCCUUCCUGCCUGCCUGCCGGCGACACGAUUUCGGCUACAACAACUACCGCAGCCAAAACCGCUGGGCCGUGAGCGCCAAGCGCAGAAUAGACGAGAACUUCCUGAUGGACCUCGACUUCCAGUGCAAAUCUGUCUGGGCGACCAAGGCGUGCAAGGCUUUGGCAAGGGUGUAUUACCUGGCGGUCAGGAAGUUUGGCGGCAAGGACGCUCCGCCGGGGAAGCGGGAGCUCUGGCCGCCCGCGUAUGCCGAGGCCAUGGCCCACUACGAGAUCGAGGUCAAGAGGGCGCAGGAGCUGGGGCAUUUGCCGAUCCUGGAGUCAUGA